UCCCCCCCAUGUGGGCCUUGACCCGCCCCCUGCGCGCGCCAGGCUGCCCGGGCCGGUGGUGCGCGGGAGCCCUGGCUGCCUCUGCGUUGUGCCCGCGCGCGCGGGGAGCCGGGGCGCGAGCCGGGCCCGGCGCAGAACGCGGGCGGGCACGCGCGCGCUCCUCCUCCUCCUCCCUUUCACGCGGGCACGCAGGUGCGGGGCCGCCCCGCUCCGCUCCGCUCCCCGCCUCUGGGCCGGCCCCCGGCGGGAUCUCGGCGCGUCUCCGGGAGGAGCUGGGGCCCGCCGCGGCGGCUGGGACAGAGCAGCCGCCGCCGCCCCGACCCACGUGAGGAGCCGAGACGGGCCAUCAGCAGCAGGAGCCAGGGAGCCUCGUUGCAGCGGCUGGCACCGGGAGCUCCGGCCGGCAGGAGGAGCCCCUCUGCCCUCGGGGCGAUUGCUGCCCCGCUGCUCCGAGCGCUCGCCGCCUGCGCCCGGGGCUGUCGUGCUACCCCCCUUCUCCUUCCCCUUGUGAGACCCCGCCUCGCUCUCCACCGCCCCUGCGCCGGGCAGCUGCCCCGGUUACCUUGGGGGGGCGGGGGCAGGGGGUGCUGCAGCCCCCGCCCCAUGCACGUGAGCCCUGCGGGGUGGAUGUGCCGAGGAGGAGCCGCGGGGUCAGCCCAGCCCUGGCUUUCGGGGGAUGCCCAGCGGGGCAGCGAUGACUUGAGGCUGCGCUUUGCCAUGGAUGGGAUGACAUGCUUCAUGGUUGCUUUGGUGACGCUGGUGUGCUGGUGCCCGGGUCAGCCUGGGUGCGCCGCCCGCCGCCCGGCCCUGCGAGCGGGUCUCCCGGUGCUGCUGCCUCUGCUGCUGUCCGUGCCGGGCUUCCUGGGCUCCCCGAUGGCAGAUGGUUUAUCCUUGGAGCAGCAAAAUCUUUCCUUAGUCUCCGUGGGAUCUGAACUACAUCAAAGUACAGUGAGCAGCAUGACACACAAGGCCUUAACACAAAGCACAGUAGAACCCCAGGAAAAUAAUUUUCUUCAUGUGGUUUUAUCAUCACUUACCACUCCCUUUGAUAUGACUUUAUAUGACCAAGAAAGAAUGAGGAGAAGUGAAGAAGGAAGAACUAUGCCAGUAGGAGAUGUCACAGUAACUAGCAAUGAAGCAUUUUUAAGUGACCAUGGAUUGAUGAGCUCCUUUCUGAAUGAACAGUGGACUCCUUCACUAAAGUCUGUUACAGUGGAGUAUAGUUCAGUAGAGCCAUCAAGAGAAACCUUAGAAACUGUGUUGCUAACACCUUCAUUAUCUGUCCUUUUGUUGCCAUAUGAUGAAAUGAAAGCACAACAAAUGACAUCACAUGCUGCCUCUGGUCACAGUCGUGCUUUCACACAAUUGAAGCCUUUUGCUCCAGAUGGUAUAAUUCCGACUACAAGCAGAGACUUGCUAUUGGACCCCACAAAUACAGAUUUUUAUUUAAGUUCCACUACAUCAGAGGUGGUGGUUGGACUGGUGGAAAAUGUAGAUGGAAGCUAUGCAUCUAGUUCAGACUCCUCACUGUUUUUGCCUUUUGAUACUGCUUCAGAAGGGUCCUCUGUUCUUAUGAGACAGCUGAAUGAGGAUAGCCAAAUUACACCAGAUGCUUUGGCAAAAAGUACUGAUCAAUACACUGAAGCUUACCCUGAUGUGAAUAGCGAUGCAACAGAAACUUUGGAUCUAAGGACCUAUUCUGUUGCAAGCAUUUCUAGGGCAGCACCUGUUUUGGUAACUAGCAUGGAGCCUGCUUUGUUUUCAGUUAGUCUUCCAUAUGUGUCUUUCCCAGUUCACUUAGCUGCUGGAUCCACUGACUCUGAUACUUUUGUUACUGAUGACUUGUUUACACAUGUAUUUUCCCAUAAAUCCUCCAGUACAACACCAAAUUUGCCUGGCAAUUUAGAAAUACCAAGUCAAGUUGAGCUCUUCAGUGAGUUAAUAAGCCCAGUGCCUUUCACUAGACCAUAUGCUUCAUGUUCGAAUUGUGGCUUUGCCUCAGUUCCACCGGAACAAGGCUUUUCAGCAGGACACACAGAACAUGAUGUGGGUUCGGGUGAUUAUAUUGAAACAUUGUCAUUCACAGCCUCUGAGGAAAAAGGCAUUACUCCACUGACAACUGUAGUUACUGACUUGUAUGAACUGGAGGAGUCAACUCCUGAAAUCUUUGAUACUACUUUUCCAUCAAGACCUGUUGUUUCAUUUUCUUCAAGACUUAUAGAAGUCUCUGAGUCAAACUUGUCUUUUUCAAACAGUGUGGACGUUGGUCUUAACCUAAUGAGUACAACAAUAUUUCCUUCCUACAGACAGCCCUCUGAGGGAAUAUCAUUGGAUAUCACUUCUGUUCAAUUCUCCUUCCCUAUUACUGAAACUGUUACUUUAACAUCUGGUGUUAAAGCAAAACCUUCUGUUAUCACCAGCGUUCUCCUUGAAUCCAUGUUUACCACAAGUGAGAAUGUACCAUCAGUUACAAUCAAACAAACAGGCCUGCUGGAAUCACCUGAAUUUAUGCCCUCAGAAUCUGUACUUUUUCUUGACAAAACACCUGCAAGUGUUUCAACAGACAAAUCAUCUGUAAAUAUUUCAGAUUUUUCAUCCAACCUUUUAUCAACACCAUUUCUCUCUGAACCUAGCAGCUGGUCAUCUUUAUCAUCUGCUGUAUUGACCUUUUAUUCAAGAAUGCCAAGUGAUUUAUCAACACUAUUACCUCAGGUCUUCCCUACACUGCUGGGGACAUCAGUAGUUUUUGAUGAUUCCUCUAGUUGGGAUUCAACUGAGUUUCCUGCCAUUGACAGCACAAGCAUAGAGGUUUCUCAUCUCUCUCCCUGGCAGACUUCAUACCUUUAUUCAAAUACAUUUUCUGUUCCAAACACACACAAUCCUGAAGUGGUAUCAUCAAGUUUUUACUCUUACUCUUCCAUGUUACUAGAAGGAACAUCAGUCUUGCUAAUGGGUUCUGAAGUUUCGUUUACCUCAAUUUUCGCAGAAGCUACCUCUCAGUUAGAGUCUUCACUCUUCUCCCUUGAAUCAGCAGUUCCUACACUGGUGCUGUCCAUUUCUGACUCAGAAUCUAUUCUCACCAGCAAUAUCUUGGUUGAUGAAACACACUUGACCUCAUGGUUUACCACCUUUCAGACAACUCCUGUCUUAAGUGUAUCUUCGUCCCUUCUCUCAACUGUUACAGCUUCAGAUGAGGAUACUGGUGCUACUGCUAACCACACGUUACUUUUAACAUCUCUUUCCAAGGCAACUGCUAGUACAGCACAUGUUAUAACAAAUCCAUAUACUCUGUUGUUGCACACAGAUGUGAACAGCAUUACAGCUUCACCUACAGAGUCCGUUUCUGUGCUCACAUCAUUUGUACCUACACAGCUGCCUCCCUCCAUAAACACUUCCACUGAAUUUGGCAUACAAACAAAAACUAGUGUAACUGAACUUACCAAUAGAACAAGUGCUACUAGUUCCACUACUACCACCAUUAGUAGUAUAGUUGGCUAUCGUACAACUACUGAGAGCAACUCAAGUACUUCCUCAUCCCCUUCUACUGCUGUAGUGGCCACGACUCCAUCUGAAGCUAUAAUUAUCACCUCUGCCAUGACCACAACCCGACAACCAUAUGUUUGUGACAUCACGGUUCCUGAUACUUACUUAGUCAUGGCUGUGCUGGCCCGCAGAGCUGUGCUAGAAAAUGUCAGUAAUUCCAUCAAAGAAGUGCUGAGAGUUCAGUUCAGGCGAUCAGUAGAACUGGAGGUUUAUAAAAUUUCCCCAAAAUUCUCUUUCUUGGUGACAUCGGGUCCUUUUGUUUACACAGCAAUAGCUGUCAUAAAUGUGCUUAUGAACAGCAGCCUUCUACGUGGUCAGGCCCCUGUCAUCCUGUCACUGCAGCCUUCUUUCACCAUGCCAGAUCCCAGGUUCCAAGUUCACACAGUGCUUCAGUUUGUGCCUCAAAACGUUGAUACUGGCUUCUGUAACUUCAGCCAGCGCAUUGAAAAAGGGCUGACAAUGGCAUUCAUGGAGGUGAGAAAACAUCACCAGGAUAUCUACAACUUCACAGUGCAGAUACUGAAUAUAACUCUGAGCAAGCCUCGUGUGGCAUUUCGGCAGGGCCCUGUGAACAUAGUCUUUGCCAUUCAGGAUACAUAUGGAUUCUUGAAUGGAUCUGAAAUCAGUGAGCUGCUGAGGAACCUGUCUGUGGUGGAGUUCAGUUUCUACUUGGGCUUUCCUGUGCAGCAAAUUGCUGAACCCUUUCAUUACCCUCAACUCAAUGUGUCUCAGUUGAUGAAAUCUUCCUGGGUGAGAACAGUUCUCUUGGGUGUUGUCAACCAGCGAAUUCAGGAGGAAGUGUUUCAGGCUGGGAUGGAGCGGAAAUUGGCUCAGCUGUUAAAUGAGGCUUUGACCGGAGGGCGAAUAUGGAAACGAGCCACGUUUGCCGGCAGCAACGUUGUGCAGAUUGUCAACGUGUCACGGAUAGUGGGUGCUGAUAACCCUGUAGAACUGAUCUAUUUUGUGGAAGAUCAAACUGGAGAGAGGCUCAGCGCUGUAAAGUCUUCAGAUCUGAUUAACAGAGUUGACAUCCAGAGAGCUGCUAUCAUUCUUGGAUACCGCAUUCAAGGCGCAGUUGCACAACCUGUGGAUAAAGUGAAAGAGUCAUCGUCUGAGUCUCAGAAUAACAAUCUGUGGAUUAUUGUUGGUGUGGCAGUCCCAGUGGCUGUGGUGCUGCUUAUCAUUAUUAUUUUAUACUGGAAGCUCUGCCGAACAGACAAGUUGGAGUUUCAGCCAGAUACCAUGAGCAAUAUUCAGCAGCGACAGAAGCUACAAGCCCCCAGUGUGAAGGGGUUUGAUUUUGCUAAGCAGCAUCUGGGCCAGCACAACAAAGAUGACAUCCUGAUCAUUCAUGAGCCAGCUCCUCUUCCAGGACCUAUUAAGGACACUACCCCUUCUGAAAAUGGAGAUGUGCCAAGCCCCAAAUCAAAGACUGCUUCAAAGCCUUCAAAGAAUGUUCGACACAGAGGGAGAGUUUCCCCUUCAGAUGCUGACUCCACAGCAAGUGAACAGUCCAGUGGGAGAGAGACAGGGGAAGAAACCGCAAGACCACCAAUCACUGCCAAUGAGGGCAAACCACGCAGAGCUCCAAAGAGUGGAGCAAACAGAGUGGGACCUCCGCAGACCAGUAGUGGAAACGAGCAGCACUCCUCAGCCUCUAUCUUUGAGCAUGUGGACAGGAUGUCUCGUUCCUCAGACGCAAGUAGACGGGUCCCCAGCAAGAUCCAGUUGAUUGCCAUGCAGCCAAUCGCAGCCCCUCCUGCUCAGAACCCAGCACUGUCUGACCGAGUAGCAGAGUCCAACAAAAUUAACAAAGAGAUACAAACAGCUCUGAGGCAUAAGUCUGAGAUCGAGCAUCACCGCAAUAAGAUCCGUCUUCGAGCCAAGCGCAAAGGCCACUAUGAAUUUCCAGUUGUGGAUGAUGUGAUUGUUGUUGACGCCAAAGAGCAGCAUAGAAUAUACCGCAAAGCGCAGAUGCAGAUUGACAAGAUCUUGGACCCUGGAGGCAACGUGCCUACUGUUUUUAUAGAACCCAGGAAGAGUUCACGUGCAAAACGUUCUCCCAAGCAGCGUCGGAGACAUCAGAUAAACGGAAGCCCUAUUGAUGCUGAGAAGGACAGGUUAAUCACCACCGACAGUGAUGGGACAUACAAAAGACCACCAGGAGUCAAUAAUUCUGCAUAUAUUUCUGAUCCUGACCUGCCUGCAGAACCACAGACACCUUCUUCUCUUGAUCUCGGGAAGUACCCAGGCUUGCCUCCCCACCCAGCCUCUCAGUACAUCCCUCCACAGCCAUCCAUUGAAGAGGCCCGGCAGACCAUGCACUCUCUCUUGGAUGAUGCCUUUGCCCUGGUGGCUCCCAGUAGCCAAGCAGCCAGUUCCACUGCCAUCACAUCACCUGGGGUCUCUGCGGGACAGCCGGUAAACAACACUCCUGCUCGAGCAGGGAGGGGAACCACAUGCCCCCAGUGGGGAUCACCAUAUGGUCCAGCCCAGGCAGUAAACAACCCAUUUAGUAGAUACGUGGAAUUUGGAAUGACUCCUCCAACAGCGCCGGGUCUGCUGCAGAGGCAAAGUUUUGGCCCGGGUUUCCUUCAGCCUGCAGAGUUAAUGCACCCAGACCAGCAACAAUCUGAUGUUCAGUAUUCCUCCAGAGGGCUAUACCCAGAAGAAAUGCCAUCGGUGGCACGGCCGCGACCAGUAGGAAGCACUGCAGGUUCUCAGAUACAGCACCUCACUCAGGUGGGAAUUGCUAGCAGAAUCGGAGCCCAACAAGUGGAGAUUCCCUCAGUCAGAGCAGGGCAUGGCCAGCCGGGGGGACCAGGGUGGCCCCACUAUCGUGGAGAGGAUGAAUGUGCUAGGAGAGAUGCAACACACAUGUAUGGACAUCAAGAAUAUUCUUCCUCACCAGUAUUCCAGAUGCAGAGGACUUCGGCCAGACAGCCCUCAGCACCACCUGCUCAUCUUCCACACAGCAGCCUUCAGGGACAGGGGCUCUGCUACACCACCAGUUCCAAUGAGGACCUCCAAACUGGUCACUCCUCGGCGUCUCUCAUAAAAGCAAUUAGAGAGGAGCUUCUGCGACUCUCACAGAAACAGACAACAGUUCAGAACUUUCACAGCUGAUUUGUCAUGCUCUUGCAAAUCUGCCAGGUAUCUGCUUCCUAUGGAAGCAAGACUCAAAGGAAAUCAGCAACGUUUUUCUUCUGUCAUCAGAGUAAACUUCCACGGCGCCAGAGAUUACACUUCAGAAAAGAGCAGCAACAGAAGGAGAAAGAGAGAGAUUUGUGUGGAGGCAGGGAGAGGGAGGCCAAAGUGGUAUUGUCAGAGCUGGCUAUCCUGCUUAAUCUGUUAGCAUUACUGUGCCCCUCUUUGGUUUGAUCUAAUGAACAAAAUAAAACUUUAGGUCAAAAGCUAACCCUAAAAAAAUACACACGCGCACACAAAACCCCCACCAAGAAUAGUAGACGGUGAGACACCUUGCUUAAAGAAGAAGGCAAAGCUUUCCUGUUACCAGCAAGAUGGACUGAAUUAACAUUUGAUGAGAGAUUACAAGAAUUCUAACCUCUCCAGUGUUUUUAGUGAAGUGGCUCGUGUUGCUGCUUUGCGGGAUUACAAACUAUAUAGGAUCGGAGACAUUGAAGGUGUGAUCCAGAACGGGAAAUCACCUUAAUGACAAUAACAGUAAGACUACUUAGGGGGGGAAAAAAGGAUUUCUGAGCUACUUGUAACAAACCAGAACAAUAAUUGUUAGAGCUCUGUGUUUUCAAAUGGAGCUACUCUCUGCACUCCUCCUCGUUUUUUUCUGGUGCUGAAGCUUCAAGUGUCCCUUCAUCUUCAUGUUUGCAAAGUAAAACCAUGGCCUUUUUAAAUCCAAGAAUAUAUCUGGAAACUCAUUCAGAGUGGAAAAGCAAAAUGUCCAAAAAGAAAAGGCUGGAUAUUUAUUUUGUUAAAAAUACAUUGAAAUCUAGUUGAGAAUUCUUAGUCACAGUUGAAUUUUGGAGCAUAAGUAUGUACGUUUGUCUUCUAAACAUAAAUACUUUCAUACUAUAUGCUUUCACAAGACGAGGGAUAAAAUAUACUAAUCUGUAGUUUGCUGUGUGGCCAGAAAGCAAGCCAGCCUGGGUGAUGCAGGAUUACCAGCACUAGGUAUACAUUUACCAUAAACCACAGCUUAUGCUGGGAUCUCAGUCAUAUCUAGUGAAACUGAAUCUUACAAAAGAUAAAACUUAGGGCAAAGACAUUUAGAAUAUUAACAUAAGCUUAGAUUUGUUGUUUGAGACCGUUAUUUUAUUUCUAUCUGUUCCUACUGACCCCAUGGAUGAAGGGGCACAGUAAUGAUGGUACAUGUCUUGGAGUGUCUGUUAUUAUUUUUCCAGAGUUUAAUUUACAAUUAGCUAUGAGUUUACUAAUAUUUGGCCAUUGCACAAUUGUAACCUGCAUAAUACAAGUGAAAAUUCUGACUAAAUUUUGGUUUGUUGGAGUAUUUUUAUUUUUAACUUACAUCAAAUUAAAUCUAAAAUGGUGGCAUAGAGAAAGUGUAAGUUAAUAUCGGUCAGGAGGCUUAGGAGUCUCUCACUGAGACAGUGAUGUUCUUGACUACUUGAUACUAGGAGUUGGGAUUUUCAAACAGAACCAAAGGGUAGUAAUGAAUGGUCUGAACUAUGGACCACAAAAGGGGUCAUCAAGCAGGUGGCUUUGGGGUAUGUCUGAAUCUGCCUCAUAUAGAUACCUUAUUUGGCUGAUACUUGAAUAAGCAUUGGUAUAGUAUGCAUAGAUAGCAUUGUUAUGGUAGGGUAACUAUGAGGCUAUGCACUUGCAGUCUAAGUGAAAUUCUGAGGUUUAUAAUCAAUCCCCCAGCCAGUGCUCCAAGCCUUCAUGAGCCCAGAUUGAAUUUAAUCCUGAUGCCUGUAUGGUUAUGACCAGCGGAGCCAUCAGGUCACUGAAUUUUUAUAUUUUUUUAAAUAUUUUAAUAUGACAUUCUUCAAGAUUUACCUAUUGACUUAGUGUAUAACAUGUCAUCCCUGGUACAAACAUAAUGGAUGAAACACUGGUUUCAUACAAUGGUUUGUAAAAGCAAACCCUAAGGAUGCUUUAAAGAGAGACUUUCACACUGAAGCAAAUUUGAAAAACAAGAGCAUUAGCAGGGUGAGAAAUGUACUUGGGUCAGUAUUUGUAUGUUUUGAUAUUACUGAAGGCUGUUUAUUGGGUGUUUCAUUGAAAAUUCCGUCCUUCACAGCCCAGAUUCUCCUUCUAGAACCUGAAGUGAAGUCUGAUUACUGUGCUUCCGACAUCACUCCGCUUAUGGUAUCAUUAAUACAUUGUGCUAUUAAUACAUGAUCAUUGGUACAUUGUGCAAUCAUUAAUAUAGUGUUCUGAGUUCACUCCAGGAGAAAAUGGGCUGUUGGGUGUAAAAUCUUUAUUAAAUGCAAAUACUGUAACCAGCAAACAUAAGUAAGAAUUAUGGAAGAAUAGCUCUGAAAUGGAUGGGAGGAUAGGUGAUUUAUGCCAUACCCUCACUGCAGCAUGUGGUGUAAGAGAGAACGUUGGAGUAAAUCAUCACUUGUAGGGAUGGGGGAACAAGCACUUUUUCUUCCCAGUUUAAACACUGUGAACAACUUGAGAAAGGUGAAGGAUUUAAGUUAGUCUGUUAAGCUUUCUCUAGUAUGAAAGUCCCUCUUUAAGACCUGAAGUGUUCAUAGAGAAGUACAAUGGAAAACACAUGUAACAGGUUUGUGCCCGAGUACCGCUCUCAGACCUGCUAGAGACCUUAUUUGCUAUUCACCAUCUAUAUAUGGUCCUCUGUCUCCCAAUGCCAUUUAAAACCCUCCAUGGAAGAUGUCCAAUGCUUCACUCAAAAGAAUGGCCGUAACACAAAGGGGUUGUGUACAGACUUUCUGCAACUGCUGAAUUGUUGAAGAUUUAGGUGGCUCAUGUGGUGCAAGAAAAGAGUACUGUCUGAAACAGAUGGGCCAAGAUGUGUAUUUCCUCUUUAGAAUCUAGGCAAAUGAUCCAGUACUAAUCACGUACAUGUUUACCAACCAAUUGUAAUGUUUUUAGUCACCUUUAAAAAGGAAACCUGAGAAGGAAAACAGUGAGUUUCAAGAUGAGGGAGAUUGGUUACCUAGGCCAACUAGGUGUCUGGUUUUGUCAAUUGUCCUUUUUAUUGUACUGUUGUGUUACAGCUUUGUGGACGAACAAAGGGUAAAAUAUAAAGCAUAUGUUAAUGAAUCUCAUCAAUCCCAUUGAGCACUUGGCUAGUAUGUACAUGCAGAAGAAGCAGUGUUACCAAUGCUUAUAUUUUAAUUCCAUGCUUACACCAUUCUAUUUUGCAGAAGCCUACACGCUCUCAUAACCCUUCACAAUUUUCCUGGAAUUAUUAUGUGUAUAGUCAGUGGUCAAUUUGGAAUAUACAGGUGAAAGAAAGAAAAACUGGCAAAAUGAAAGCUAGAUUUUUUUUUUUUGUCAAAAGUGCUGACCUCUAGCCUGUUUGAUACUUAGUUGUUGGAACUAACCGAAAUAUUUUAGACCUACGCUUUAUGUAAUUGAUCGCAUAGAGGUUUUCAUGUGUUUCCCAUGCCUCCCUAUGAUACAACAUAAUUCACAAGGAGAUUAUACUAAUAGUCCAGUGAUAGUUUCAAAGAUAGUUUUGCUUAGGAAACACUGCAUAGCUUCUGUGAGCGUGUGAUUCAGAAAAGGGAACGUUGGUGGACAGAUAGGCUUCAUAGCAGAAAGUGUUCAAAAUCUGGACUUCAGGGGAGAGGAGAUAUUUCAAAGACCAGUCCUCUUGCUCCAGUGUCAGGACAGUUCGCAGCAAGGAUUCAUAUCCAGUGUUUGGAGGGUGGCAGCUUCACCCAAGGUGCUCACUUUUUACUUCUACAUUCAGACCAAGACUUCUGAAAUUAAGCCCCAGAAGUUGUGCUCCUAUGUCCACACUUAUUUAGGUGUCUAAGUAUGGACAGAGGAGCAUAAAUUUAGGCUCCCAUUUUUGAAAGUCUUGCCACCCCUGUGUCUUGGGCAUCUUUUGCCUAUUUCUAGUACUUUUUAUACUAAAUGUAAAGCGGAAAAGGAAAUUCUGUACAUCACUAUCACCAGCCUCUUGAUAUUCACAUGUUCCAAUGUGGCUAGAGAUUAAAGCUUAAGGAAGAAAGGGGAAACCUAAAUUUAGAAAGGACAAUUUUCAGAGCAGUUCUAUGGUUCGGAAGCAUGGAGAGGACUUGGCUGCUGGGUGCCUGGUCUCCCCUGUGCAUGCACAACAUUCUUUGAAGUGCAGUUCAUGUCAGAAAAAUGACUGUAAAAAUUCAUGCUCAGCAAAUCUGCUCCUCAUGUACAUUCAGUCAGAUCUUGCUCUAGUGUCAGAAGUAAGGGUGUGUUUUAUUUUUGUGUUACUUUUUACUCCUUGUAACUCUGUAGAGUGGUAAGCUCUGGUAGAGUGAACUGGAUUCUGCUGCUGCUCACAUGUCAACAGAAUCAUUGAGUAUAGCUAUGCUACAAACAGAAAAGGUUUUUCAAUCGAUGUAUUUAAUCUGCUUCUCUAAGAGGUCAACAGAAGAACUCCAUCUACACUGGGAGUUCGGGUGACCUAACUGCAUUGCAUAGGACACAACAUUUUCCAGAGCCCGUAGCGACAUAGCUAGGUUGAUCUAAUUGUUAAGUGUAGAUCAGGCUUGAGUUCCAGUAGUUGAUCCAUUUUUCUAUCACCGUACACCAGUGCAACUCCUCUGAAAACCAUUGUGUUGCAGAGAUGUGAAUGAGGGUUAAAUUUGGCCCAAAGAUCUUUUGUUUCAGAGUAGCAGCUGUGUUAGUCUGUAUUCGCAAAAAAAAAAAGGAGUACUUGUGGCACCUUAGAGACUAACAAAUUUAUCUGAGCAUAAGCUUUCGUGAGCUACAGCUCACUUCAUCAGAUGCAUGCAGUGGAAAAUACAGUGGGGAGAUUUAUAUACAUAGAGAACAUGAAACAAUGGGUGUUACCAUACACACUGUAAUGAGAGUGAUCACUUAAGGUGUGCUAUUACCAGCAGGAGAGCGGGGGGGACGGGAGGGGACCUUUUGUAGUGAUAAUCAAGGUGGGCCAUUUCCAGCAGUUGACAAGAACGUCUGAGGAACAGUGGGGGGGGAGGGAAUAAACAUGGGGAAAUAGUUUUACUUUGUGUAAUGACACAUCCACUCCCAGUCUUUAUUCAAGCCUAAGUUAAUUGUAUCCAGUUUCCCAAUUAAUUCCAAUUCAGCAGUCUCUCGUUGGAGUCUGUUUUUGAAGUUUUUUUGUUGAAGAAUUGCAACUUUUAGGUCUGUAAUCGACCUAAGAUUGAAGUGUUCUCCGACUGGUUUUUGAACGUUAUAAUUCUUGACGUCUGAUUUGUGUCCAUUUAUUCUUUUACGUAGAGACUGUCCAGUUUGACCAAUGUACAUGGCAGAGGGGCAUUGCUGGCACAUGAUGUGCUAGCCGGAGAACAUCCAGUCUGACUUUCAGAUCCCAGGGUGAGUUUACAGGUAUGUGGAAUUGACUGAAGAACAGGAAACAUGGAACCCAACAAUGCCUUUUUAAAGAGUCACUCCUCAGAACAGAAGCUCAAUUGAGAGUUCUGUUGAAGGCCAACGGACAGAAAAGUGACUUUAGGGCACUUACUCUAGAACAGCACACUAAAGGUCUCUGCCUAUGUAGCUUGCAGGGCUGCAGUAUUUAGUUUUGGUUUUGUGUGUUGUUUACUGAUGCCUUAUUUCGCAUUUAAAACAAAUAUUUCUCUUGGAAUGGCUAACCCUAUUUAGUUUUCAGUAGUUCUUGCCCCAUAACUUGAUGUUUAUGUUCAGACUACUCUCCCUAUUGCCUUGAUCAGUAUGUUUGAAUGGAUGAAGUGAAAGUUUUCUUCAGUUUAUGUAUGCUAAACCGCUAUGGAAAUGUAACGUGGGUUUUUUGGUUUUGUGUUAUUUUAGCCUGUUGGUAGUUACUUAGCAAAGUUUCAGUGAAAUGAGAAUCAAGAGAGGAUGGAAAAGAGACUGAAGACUGAGAGUUGUCAGGUUUCCUGUGGCGCUAUAUUUGUGGCACUCCUGUGUCAUGUUCCACUGGCCAUUUCCUUAAGGUUUUUCCUGUCAUUUCUGAGGCAAAGACGGAAUUGGCUUCUCUGUCUGGCUGUUUAAUUUGAGAGCAAUAGCUAGAUUUACCAUAGACUGCGACCUUGCUUUUCCUUCUACUGGUAUACAAAACAAAGUAUCAUUAUAUACAGCAAUACAUUAACCUUGUUCUGGAUUUAAAAGACAGACCUGGAUGAAGUGUGGUUCUGUAGUUAAAAGAAAACAUUGAAAUAGUAAUAAAGCGGGAAAUUAUUGAGCAUUGGCAACAGGAAAACAGCAGAUGGAGUUGUGAAUUAAGCCACCAUCUGUGGCAGUUUAAAAGAUGUAGCUUUGUUGUCAAACAUUAAACCAAUUAAAGGGUUAUCAGCUAUGAAUGAUUCUGGCACUUAAAAUAGUGGAAUAGCAAGCAAACUUAUGGAUUGAUUGGUAUAGGAGGGGUUAAACUGUGUGACCCUCAUUAAAGUGAUACCAGAUAAGUUGGUAACAGAUAUUUAUAGAGCACAUUUUAUCAAAAGUUCCCAAGUGUCAUGACAUUCAUAAACCCAUUUACAGUGAUGAGUUCUGUACUCAUUGCAACAUUUCCACUUUUGCUGUUGAAGGUGGGAACCUUUACACAACACAUUGCAACCGUUCAGGAUACAAAGUGAAGAAUCCCCUAUUCAGUACAAACUACAGGGGAGUUUCACCUAAUUGGAAUUUAGCCAGGAUGCUGGUGCCAAUCAUCUUGCUCUGGUGAAAAGUGUAGCAGAAUUUUUAGUGACCACAAAUGUUGAAGGAUAUUUGUCCCUUCAGAAAGAGAGCAUUUCCAGCAACACAGUGCCUCCUAACGCUACUCAAAGGUGUUGGUUCAGAAUAGGUGGGGAGAGAAGAACACCACUUCCUGAAAUCACCAUUACCACUACCUGUUGCAUUCUGAGAUGGGAUUUCGGAAGCAUUCAGCACUGAAGCCAGUGGGAGUUUUAAUAUUGACUUCAGUGGGAACAGAGUUGAGGCUAGUGUGCAGAGCACAUUAGAAAAUCCCACUUCUAUUUGCCCAUGAAUAUCUCUCAUCCUUAGCAUUGCUCAGGCUCAGGCCUGCUCAGCUUUUGAGAUAUGACAGAAUGGCAGCCUGAGUGGUAAGGCUAACAACUUGAAAUAUUGCACUUACUAGAGCAUUGGAGAAUCAACUGAAUAUUAAAAGGUUUCAGAGUAGCAGCUGUGUUAGUCUGUAUUCGAAAAAGAAAAGGAGUACUUCUGGCACCUUAGAGACUAACAAAUUUAUUACCUUACCCUUAAGUUUUACUCUUAUACACUUAAUAUAACAGAUGUUUUAAUUACACUACCCUGUCAGAGAAGAUGAAUCUCUGCUGAUUGGCUCUGUUGAUACCAUAUGCAUGAACUUCGGUAAGUAAGAAAGGGGGGGAAGUGAGGUGAUACAGUGAAUAAUGUAGUAGGUCCCUUAGGGCUGAUGUGUAGUAAGCGCCAUUAGUCAGCAUUUUCAGCUGAUUGCAGAACAAUUAGAACUUAAUGAAUAUGACAAAUGGUUCCAAACUAAUCAGCAUGGUAUUUGUAAUGUAACUUCUUUGGCUCAGACUGGGGGCCGUCGCAGUGCUAUAAGUACUCUUGUACCUUCGCUAUGGCCCUCAUCCAACAGAAGACUUCAGUGGGCUUUGAGCAAAUGAGAGUUAUGUAGUGAACAGCAUUUGAGUCUCUGCCAUUUGGUUCUUGAUUUUGAAUUAUAGCCUUGAUGAUGGUGGGAAUAGGGCACCACUGCAGAUUCCAACACAGUACAAUGAAACUGCAGUCCUCUGCAACAAAAUUUUCAAAUGCAAGUCUCUUCAGUCAGGCACCUAAAUAAGUGAUCUGGUUUUCAGAGUUGAAGAUCCCUGAAAAGCCACUUUUGUUUAGCUACUUAAAUGUGUAUUUAGGUGUAAAUUUUAUAAACCACCGAGGGAAAAUUUUGUCCCUAUUGCUUAGAACGAAGGUAUGGGAGUUAGGAGGACCCUGUCUGUGCUGGUGAGUCACUACAUGACAUAGUGAUGUCUCAGUCAGCUUACUGUGAACACUGACUAAUAACUUAGUGCCUGGUUUGCCAUUGCUCUGUACCUUGUGUAGUCAUUUAUACCAGUGCAAGUGGGUUUAAGAUGCUACCAGAUCAGAGUGGUUGAGUUUUACAUCUCCUUUUCACUGGUGUAAAUGACUGCACAAGGCACAAAGCAAUAGAGAAUCAGGCCCUAAACUCUGAGUGAUGGCUCACUUUUGUAGGGCAAAUAAGUAUAUUAUAAUCCCUGAUUAUCAGGAAGAUACUGGGGCAAAAAUGUAGCUGAGUGCCUAUUCUGUCAGUUCUUCUAGAAUGGAUUCAGAAGAGGGAGGCGCUACUGAUGUGAGAGACACGUAAGUCUUAUUUCAUACUAAAAGCUUUAUUUCUUACCAUUCAAUCUACUAUGAAUUUCCGGCUGUAGAGAAAAGCCCCGGAAGACUCAAAUGCCAAUGUUUUGUGUGUCUGCCUGCAAUAAAAUAACACUUUAGCAUUUAUAAAGUGCUUUAUAUCUUCAGAGAGCUUACAAACAUUAACAAAGGAAAAUGAAAUUUACUAGCUUUGGUAUUGAUUUGAGCUAGGGCAUUCUGAGCAUGCUGAUGAAGAGAAUAUUUUCCUAACAGAUCCUGGGAACUGUUGGGUACAAUAUAUUACGUUAAUGACACCCUACGAGUCAGGGAUUCUCAAUCGAUGUCUUUGUGUGGACCACAACUUGACAGAGAGAGAGUGCCUCAAGCACACCUCUGUUCCCAUUCACCGUCAUGUGGACCACCUCCACUUCCCGUUCAUAACUGCCUGACAUCCCUGUGUAACGUGGAAGUGUAAUAUUAAGAAAGUAUUUGGCUGAAUGUUUAGCUGUUACUAAUUUGAUCUAAUAACUAGACACUACAGGGUGAACAGAUGUCCCGAUUUUAUAGGGACAGUCUCGAUUUUUGGGUCUUUUUCUUAUAUAGGCUCCUAUUACCCCCCACCCCCGUCCCGAUUUUUCACACUUGCUGUCUGGUCAGCCUAAGAGACUAGGAAAGGCCAGCACCAUGUGACCAACCAACUCUCCAUACAAUACCAAUGGUCCAUGGACCAAAGGUUGAGAAUCAAAUAAUGUGGUGGGCAAUGUGGUUUAUUUUAGACUUGGAAGUGCCUCUGAUACCGAAGUAUGUUAUGGAAAAAAGCCAGUGGAGGGGAAAGAACUGUCAUGUAAAAUGCAGUCAUCAGCGAAGAAAGAUUAGUUUAUGGAAAGAUAAACUAGGGAGUGAUUAAAAUGGCAUGUUUUUCUCUAGGAAGCCAGGGGAGUUUCACAGGACUUUUGGAUUGUCACAACAAACACUGAAUGCACCUAUGGGGUGGAGAACUGGAGAAAAGGGUAUAGAGCCUUGAAGUUUCAAAAAACACUACAAGAUGCAGAGAUGACCAAAGGGUUUGGAGGGUGAGGUGGUUAUGGAGCCUAGAAGCAGAAGGAAAGAGUUAUGAUGGGAACACAAGAUUGAAGGUAGGAUGACGUAUGUCUGUCUCUUAAAAAAAAAUAUAUAUAUAUAUAUAUCACCAAUACUUAGGAAUUAUAGAGUUUUUAUGUGGUUAAAGUGCUGUGCAAAUCUUAUGUAGUGAAUAUGAAAGUGUUAAAGGGAAACCAAGAUCAGAAGGGAAAGAGAGAAACAAGAGUGGUGACCAGAAUAAAAAGGAAAAGAGAAAGUCAUUGAGGAGUGUUGAUAUAAUCUAUCCAUUGUUUCCAAAGGGUUAACUUCAAAAUGCCCAGGCCGACUGCUUAAAUAAUUCUAUUCUAUUUUUGAAAAGAACCAUAUUGCAGUAGCAUGUGAAAAGCCCAUGUAUUCUCUGGCAACUAGAUCUAAAUUAUGUUGCAAGUGUCCCUGGUUUCUGGGGUUCUCUAGUGUGGCAAACUCAAGCUUCUGUGGCACCUUUUGGUAAGUAUAAAAAUGGAGGCUUCUGACUAACUAAUACAGUGUGUAGUGAGUUGUUGUUUUAGUUUAUACUGCCCCUAAAUUUUCAACGUGCUGCAGAUAUUUGUAUGGCAAAAACCUAAUUGUGUAGCUGAUGUUGGCAGAGGGGGAAAUUAAAGGUUUCCACAGUUGAGGAGGGGACAGUUGGAGCUUUCAGAAUGUGGGACAGCGAAGGGGACUCUGAGUUUUGGCACUCUGGAAGCAUUUUAGCUUUCGUGACGUAUGGAUGCAUCUCUUCUUUCCCUCCCUCUUUGAGUCACCGUAUGUCUAUGCUAUAAAUGCUGCAGCGCUGUCAACACUGAGGCUUAGGUUGGCUUAACUACAUCUCUCAGGGGAAUUGAAUUUUUUACAUCACCGUGUGACGUAGCUAGGGUGACCUAACUUUUAGAUGUCAACCAAACCUCAGAGGUGACUUUAGGUUCUGAAGCAGAAGUUGAAUUCUUACCAGCAACAUUUUGCAGCCCCUGCCCCAUUAUUUGCCAUUGCAUCCAACACAAAUGAGUUAGCUGGAUGUUUCUUUUACAAUGAUCAGCAGUGAAAUGCUGAUACUUAAUUGCGAACAAUUAAACUGACCUCCUUAGGGUUCAGAGUUGACAUCCCACUUAGAUGAAGGGGCAGUUCUACGGCUAUUGUUUCAAGCUGUUUGCAGACUCAGGAAGACAGUAGUGCAUUGUUUACGCUCAAUCACAUUUGGAAGGUUAUCAGCGUGACAUAAGGGCUGGAAACUUAUUCUUUUUAAAGUGAACAUUUAGAUACCGGUUCACAUCUGCAGCAAGGAGUGAAUUCUAUGGCAGAUGCUGAAACCUCUGAAUCACGGAAUACAGGAGGUCUUGAGCAUAUAGUUCUGAGCAUAAUUGUUGUGGCUUCCCAUGAAUGUCUGCUACUGUCCUUGGUUAUAAUGGGAGUAAUUAAGUAUACUUCUUUAAUGAAAUCUAUUAACUUCUUUGGCUUAAAAAAUCCCAGCUCUUGAAGUCCCAGUACAGACCAUCUUUUCUUAUGAAGUUAAUCUCUGUCUUCACUCUGUACAUUAGAUGCAUGCAGGAAGCUCUGGUGUUUUGCCAGCUUUCAUCCCUGUGGUGAACUUGUAAAGUGCAAUCAUUGUAAAGUGCAAUUGAUUAAUGUGUAGCCUAUUCAGUAAAACCCCAAAGAACAGCCCCUUGAUAGAAACAGUGAGUGAGUAGUGUGAGUAAUUACCAGAACAGCGGUAUCAAGAAAGAUGAAGAGUCACGCAUGAAGUGCUAAUCAGGUUAGCCUUGAGUUAAGGAAUAAGGAAAAACCCUAGUCAGAUAUACAGUAGUUGGAUUUAUUGUAUUUCAGAGCAAGUUAAUGUAUUUACACCAGAAUCAUUUGCUGCGACUAAUGCUCAUUUAUUUCAAUGGCACUUGGUGGUAUUAGAAAAGCUGAUCAGCUGCAAGCCUCCUGCUGCUCUGUUCAUCUUAUUAGGGUGCAUAGAACUCUCAUUCUGUUUAAGCUAAUGGCAACUUUACUGGAUAUUCCCUCCCUCUUUAUAGGCACUACAUCUCAUGCCUGGAAUUGGGAAUCUUUGUUACCCUCGUCAAAAGCAAAUAGAAGUCUGCUGGUUUGACCAACAAUCAUAAGAUUCACACUGGGGUUAUUCAAUUAUGUUUAUUUGUCUUACCAUCCAAAUUCAACCCUUUUUGCCUUUUCUGUGUUCUAAUGGCCAGGACUGGAUUACAUGGGUUAGAGAUGGGGAAGGCAUUUAGUCCAUCUUCCUGCCAAUGCAAGGUGGUUCUGUGCAGUGCACUAGUCAAGUUCUAAAUGAUUUGAGCAGUGGGACUUCCAUCGUCAUCUGUGGGAGGUUAUUUCACAGUUUAAUAGAUCACUUGUUCAGUCCGUGUUCAUUUCAGCAUGCUUUGUCUUAGACAUUUGGGGACCUAAAACAUCUUAAACAAUCCGAUAACACCCGUACAGUAUGUACUAGCUUAAGAGUUGUGAGGUUUAUCGCAGGUGAAAAUGAAGCUUGCACACAAAUUAGUUGGGCUUAAUGUUCUGUACUGUGAAAGAGAGAUUGGUUGGCUUUGCUAAUUUGUAAUGCCGAAACUAAAGGUUGGGACAGCUGGGGUAUAUUGGUAUAGCCCCACUGGAGGUCAAUAAAACUAUGCAGAUUUACAUCAGCUGAGGUUCUGGUCGGAUGUAUUUAUUAUUAGCAGUAUGACUGUAGCAGACUAAAUGCUUCAUGGUUUUGCAUAAAGAACACAGUUGUAAAAGGUGCUGUACUACUGAAUCGUCUUUGGCUUACAAAUGAAAACUGGACAUCUUAUUUGUUGUGUUUCUUCACAUUGAUAAACCUUCUGUUGUGAUUUUGUCAGUCAGAAAGAAGCUAUUUAGCAGCUCCACAACAUAAAUCCUACGGUGAUGUGUUUUCCACCUCCCAAAUACGCUAACAAAUGUAGCGGCACAUCACAAAUAAACUUUUGGUUGUACUUGGGUACUGUGCACUGUUGUGCACCAGCUCUGAGGUACCCUGCUGUGCAUAUGACAGCUCAUUAGUUAUUUUUCUGUUUAUCUUUAAAAGGCCCAUUUCCAGAGUCCUUGGAUACAACCUUUUAUUUUGCACUUUCUGCAACUGCUGUCUAAUUCUUGAAGUCCUGUUACUGGAAGACCAGUUGGCUAUUUGCCGUGUGUGUGUGUGUGUGUAGAUUUUACAUUGUGCUUGUCUCUCACAACACGUGUCA